GAGACGCUCGGGUGCGCCCGUUGCUGCACAUGCCCGAGCUCGUUAAACUCUGCGAAAUUCUAGAUUAGUCGAUGACAGUGUUGUAAAUUAGUAAAAAAAUGUAUCCGUUUCGCGGUAAUGGAAAAUGUCUUGUGUAAUAAUAAAAUUAAGGUGGACUAAAUGAGGGAUUGAGAGUACGUAUUAACUCCUAAUUACGUGAUUAUAUGAGAACAAUAAUUCAUUUUUCUUAAAAAGGCCGCUAUUGUAAUAUAAAAAGGUGUAAUUUACAAGUUGAAAAUUUUUUAAACGGAAAAUUUUUAUGAUAAAACUCAACAUUAGUCGAGUGCCUCUUCAAGUGAUUUUUGUUAGAGUGAGAGAGGAAAUAAUGUGCGUGGGAAGAGCACUUGACCCAAAACAGAAAAUCACCAUUCAAGUCUAGUGUUUAAUAAAAACUAUGCUCAUUUUAGGGGUCUACGAGCUUCCUGUAGCAGGGUCCAAAGUGGAAUAAGCCUGGUUUUAAAUGUAUUCAGUUCAAAUUUAAUCAAAUAAUGGAACCUUGAUCAUAAUUUAGAACGUAUCGAAACGAACAGAUCGAUAUGAGUUCAUGUGUUAGAACUGAGCAGGUUAACAAUAUAUUUAGAUAUUUUAUGAGCCCCGCGAGCAACGCUCUUCAUGUUAUUGUAGUGAAAUGAGAUAAAAUUCCGUGAAAAUCGGCACGGAAUGCCGACUGUUGAUAAUUUCAUCUGCGACCAAUGCUAGUGCCUACUCAACAAAUUCUCAAGGGCGGCUCGAGCCCCAACCCUGUCGUUGAGAAUGACCCAAGGAGACCACAGACAUCCAGGGAUAGGGAGAGAUUGGACGCAGGAAGGAGAGCUCUCAAAGAACUUCUCAAGAAACGAGAAGAAAAAAAGAAGAAGAAAAGAUCCUGCUCAGAUAUCCUUAGGCUUUACACAACCAUCAUCGGUGGGCUGUUGGUCAUUGGAGGUUUGAUGGUACUGAUGUUCCUUGUUCCGAUGACCAUCGAUCCUGCAGUCGCAACUCUAACCUUCGAAAUUAAUCCCGAGCCUUCGAUUUGCAUGACCGUGUCUCACAAAACAAUCCUGGGUCUCAGUAACACAUCUUGGUGUUCGUGCACGGAAGGUUGUACUUCCGAUAUCUUUCGAUGCUAUCAAAUAAUGGUGGCUUAUAAAAAAUCGGCGGGAUCUUCAUCAAAACGACGUGCCAGGUCUAUUGCAUCAGGACUAAAUAACUCACAAUCUGAGUAUAAAAUAACUGAAAAUGAGAUGAAAUUCAUUUCAACACACACAACCGCAAGCACUUUACAGAAAAAAGAAUCACCUAUCGACCUACAGCUUACUAAUUUUACAACAGAUAUUGAUGAAGACCUCCGAAGAAAUGAAUUUAAAAGUCCCACAGAAAUAGUAAUGGAAGUUGGAGAAGAAAUUAAGAACGAAUAUUAUCCGUACGACGACAUCACUGAUGAAGAUCUCUCUCAAAUAGAAGUGCUAGAGAACUUUCCUGAUUAUAUUGCUGACGAUCUGACAGAUCCGUAUAGCAACGAUCUCUCUUUAGACCGUCGCAGGAGAUCUUUGGAUCUCAGUGACUGGGACGUCACCAACGCGUCACUAUUUAUCAACGUUAAGGGCUGUGGAUAUCCCCCUGAUGUAAACUGUACAAUUUUUGAAAUUAAAUAUAGUAAAUUAGGUCGAAGAUUUUACUGUCACUUUAGCCAAUUGAACCCGUACUUAGUUUUAGACGAGUAUGAUCCUGACGCCGCGACACUAGACCUGUACUAUUCCAUCGGGGUGCCCUUCGCUGGAAUGAUCGGUGGAUCAAUUCUUAUGUGCCUCAUGCAGAUGCCUUACAAGAAAAUAAUCAAGCGUCUUCGGCGGAGGAAAGUUGAAAAUACACACAAGUAA